UACGAGCGUUUACGUCACUCAAUACACAUUUCCAAACAGCUGUUGUAAAUAGAAUGACAGACGGCUAGCUAGUAUUUGAUACCGACAAUAAGCAUAUAUUUGUACUACUUCGGAUGUCCAUUACAGGCUUUUGCCUCCUAAAAAUGGACUAAACGAAAGUUAGACCUGAAUUUAAACUGCCACCGCCUCUAUUUGGAACAUCAAAACGUGAUGCAUUUAGCUAGCUAACGUUGCAAACUGGUACUAACGAGUUAACGUUAGCAGGCUAGCAAGGACGGUACGACUUGGAGCAAGGGGAAUUGAGCAGUUCGCUAACAGCCUGGCUCGCUAAUUUAUUGUUAUCAAUCUGGACAGCUGACCAAUUAGCUAGGCAGCUAACGUUAGGUAGCUAGUUUACGCACGCUGCUUUGCUGGAGUAGUGGGCCCACCUAACAUUAGCUAGGUUAACUAACUAACUAACGUUGAUGCUCAUAUCUCCCGCCUGUCCGCUGGUCAGACCGGGGAGACUGCCCUGUCACGGAGCUUCGUUGUGGCGGAUGCCACCAGCCCCGUCUGCCGAGGGAAGCGAAGCACCAGUUCCUGGAAAAUCCGAACGGGACCGUGGCUGUGUGCGCAGUGACAGCUCUGUAUUUGAUUGUAGUUAGCUAGCCAGCUAACCGUUAGCCAGGGCUGUAGGACCAGUGUAAGGUAAGGAGAGAUGGGGGAGUUAAAUAAAGAGGUUGUGGAUAUAGUUUGGGAAAGACCAGGCAGUAACGGGAUGUCCGCUUCAAUCUUUCGGAGAUGGACCCAAGGGUUGGUCUUCAGUGAGACAGAACACACAGCACUGGAGCAGUUUGAAGGAGGACCCUGCGCUGUCAUUGCUCCUGUACAGGCCUUCCUUCUGAAGAACAUCUUGUUUAACAGAGAGAGUUCUAACUGGAGACACAUCACAGUGGAGGAGCAGAAAGCGGCCCUGUGUUCUACUCUGGCUGAGAUCCUGGAACAGGCCUGCUCUACCUCCUCCACUACCUCCUACUGCCUAGUGACCUGGGCCAAGGGACAGAGCCCCCACACUACCACUCACACACCCCUCACAGGGGGUCCAGAGACCAGCCAGAACAUACAAGACCAGCAACCUACUGCUUUGGCUGCUGAGGAUCUUGGCUUUGAGCGGUUUCACAGCAUCCUCCAGAAGCGUAUUGUGAAGUCAUUAUCAGAGCUUAGAGAGGAAGUUGUGUCUCUCUACGAAACCUGGAAAGGGCGCUGUGGAGUCCUGCUCUUCCUCUACUCUGUCAUCCUCACCAAGGGGAUAGAGAACAUAAAGAAUGAGAUUGAAGAUACUACAGAGCCUCUCAUAGAUCCAGUCUAUGGCCACGGCAGUCAGAAUCUUGUUAACCUGUUAGUGACGGGCCAUGCUGUCUCUAAUGUGUGGGACGGAGACAGGGAGUGCUCUGGCAUGAAGCUCCAUGGUAUCCACAACCAGGCAUCAGUGGGCUUCCUCACUCUCAUGGAGUCACUACGCUACUGCAAGGUAGGUGCGUUCCUGAAGUCUCCGAAGUUCCCUAUAUGGAUCCUUGGCAGUGAGACUCAUCUCUCAGUGUUCUUCGCCAAGGAGAUGUGUCUGGUGGCUCCUGAGUCUCCGUCUGAACAGGCCAGGAGAGUCUUCCAAACCUUCGACCCAGAAGAUAACGGCUUUAUUCCAGACUCUCUGUUGGAGGAGGUGAUGAAGGCACUAGACCUCGUCUCAGAACCCGAAUACUAUGUGAGUCUGAUGAAGAGUAAGUUGGAUCAGAGGGCUUGGGGAUCGUGCUGCUGGCUCCGUUCCUUCCUGGAGUUCUUUCCUGAUCAGACAGGGACUCGGUGGCAGGGAACCAUGGCUUUAGAAGUGAGGGAGCAGGAGGCAAAGAAAAAGAAGGGAUAUGGAAUCCCAGACUCCUUCCCUGUCUACCACUACAAUGGCCUGAAGCAAGUCCAGCCUGGCAUAAGGUGGAGUAUGCUGCAGGGUACAGCCCUGGUCUGGGCUUUGAGGAUCCCCAUGGUGAUCAAGUUUCUAAGUGAUAUCCUGUUGAAUGUCUAA